AUGGCUUUUACUCCAGGUGGUAGAGGUGGCCGUGGUGGUCCAAGAGGUGGUUCAAGAGGUGGUUUCGGUGGUGGCCGUGGUGGUCGUGGUGGUGCUAGAGGUGGUUCCAGAGGUGGUUUUGGUGGUGACCGUGGUGGUCGUGGUGGUGCUAGAGGUGGCCGUGGUGGUCCAAGAGGUGGUGCCAGAGGUGGUCGUGGUGGUGCCAGAGGUGGUGCUAGAGGUGGUGCCAAAACUGUCAUUGAAAAACAUAAACAUGCUGGUGUCUUCAUUGCCAGAGGUAAAGAAGAUUUGUUAGUUACUAAGAACAUUGCCCCAGGUGAAUCAGUUUACGGUGAAAAGAGAAUAUCUGUUGAAGAUCCAUCAACCGAAGAAGGUGUCCCACCAACUAAAACCGAAUACCGUGUCUGGAAUCCUUUCAGAUCCAAAUUGGCUGCUGGUAUUAUGGGUGGUUUAGAUGAAUUAUUCAUUGCUCCAGGUAAAAAAGUUUUAUAUUUGGGUGCUGCCUCCGGUACCUCAGUUUCUCAUGUUGCUGAUGUUGUUGGUCCAGAAGGUUUAGUUUAUGCUGUUGAAUUCUCACACAGACCAGGUAGAGAAUUAAUCGGUAUGGCUAAAAAGAGACCAAAUGUCAUUCCAAUCAUUGAAGAUGCUAGACAUCCACAAAAAUACAGAAUGUUGAUUGGUAUGGUUGAUGCUGUUUUCGCAGAUGUUGCCCAACCUGAUCAAGCCCGUAUCAUUGCUUUGAACUCCCAUUUAUUCUUAAAAGAUCAAGGUGGUGUUGUCAUCUCAAUCAAAGCUAACUGUAUUGAUUCUACUGUUGAUGCUGAAACUGUUUUCGCUAGAGAAGUUCAAAAAUUAAGAGAAGAAAAAAUUAAACCAUUAGAACAAUUGACCUUAGAACCUUAUGAACGUGACCAUUGUAUCGUUAUUGGUAGAUACAUGAGAAGCGGUUUAUAA